AUGUUUUCAAUUAGCUGCGCAUCGAUAGCCUUAUGCGGGUUAUUAAUAUUGGGCACUACUGGUGCCAAACAUGACUUAAUGGACAUACUGUCCCCUAACGAAAAUACCCGUAACUCCAUUAAGAGGAACGCCUGUUAUACCCGACAUACUGAUCCCUCGGAACAAUGUCUGUAUGGUCGGGAGCCGGACGCCCGGGAAUUGUCGGUUAUAUCAUUGGCCUUAUGCGGGCUAUUACUACCGGGUGUCACGUGUGUUGAGCACAACUUAAUCAACAUACUGACCCCCAAUGCCAAUACUCGUAAUGACCUGGAAAGGGAUGCCUGUUUGGGUAGGAAUAGACCCGACGCUCGCAAAUGUCUAUACAAACGAGCGCCGGAUGCUCACGAAUUAGCCGGUAAAUCGCGAACAUACCUGUGCUGUGUCGCUGCAAUAUAUUCAGAUUGCUUGCUAUCAACCGCUACUAAUCAGGAUACUCGAGAUAAAUUGGAGACUAAUUCCUGUUUAAGUAAAGUUACGCCCGAUGCUCGUAAAUGUCUGUUCACUUGGGCACCGGGAGCUAAGGAUUUGAGUCCUAAAAACCGAUUAUACGACUGUUGUGUAGCCGAUGUAUAUACAGAGUGUUUACUGUCAACGGCUGUGAAACUGGGCUAG